UAAUCCUCUAACCAUUUUUUAUUUUUCUUCCAGCGAUAGGUUUAGUUUUGUUCAUAUAGAUUUUCCUAAAAGAUAAUCAACUAAAGCUAGCCUUAAAAAUCAAACAAAAGGUUGUUUUUUUUUGUUAUUAUGUAUCUCCUUCAUAUUGAGCUUCAGAUGACAUGAUAUUCACGAUUACUGGUAAGAAUCGAAACCCUUUUCUUCUCCUUUUGAUCCAGACAAGGAUGAACACAACACAUCUUUAUUGAUGUGUCUAAAUUCCAACUCAUCGGAGAUUUUCCCUUCUAGCUGUUGACUCAUUUUAAAUUUCGUGUCUCCUCUUUCUUAACGCAACAAAAAUACCUUCUUCUUCCUAAGACAGAAAAACCAUCGUAAAGCGGCAGCCUAGGGUUACUGCCUUUUCUCAAUUUCUUCAUGGACAAGAGCUCUAGCGAGAGAUCCGCCGCGAAAAAGAGAUCCGCCACCAAAAGGAAGAAAAUUGAUUUGUUCGGCAGUGAUGCUGCUAUGGAAGCCUACUUGAAGAGUAGCAGAAUGCCCCGGGUUAGGAUCUCCGUUGAGGGAUACGACACUUCGGUUCCUCAGGAAGAUAUUAAGAAGGCGUUGACUGAUCACUUCGCUUUGUGCGGAGAAGUCUUUAAUGUUAUAUUCUCUCAAGGCCGUGUCGGACGUGCUUUUGUUAUUCUUCGCGGAGAUAGCGCAGAAGAGAAGGCGUUGCAACUUGAUGGAAGUGACGUGGGAGGAUGGAGGGCUCGUGUUAAGGUUACACCCGAAGAAGACGAGGAGAUGAGACGUUAUCGAGCCACUCUUACUAGAGAGACACACGAGGACAGAAGAUUUAGGUUUGGCAUUACCGUUGAGGGAUAUGACACUUCGGUUCCUGCGGAUGAGCUCAAGAGCACUUUGAUCGAACAUUUCUCAUCUUGCGGAGAGAUCACACAUGUUUUUAUCAACACUCUCGACAGCAUGGCUCAUGUAUAUUUUGUCCAUAAAGACGGAGAAGACAAGGCGCUGCAACUUGAUGGAAGUGAAGUGGGAGGAUGGAAAAUAGGUGUUACUAUCGUAACUAAAGCAAGUUACAAUGACCCUACUCUCUAUGCCCGCGGCCCAAGUCGUUUUAGGUGCUGUAUCCCAGCUCAUUGUAUAAUGAUGGCUACCGAGGUCAAUGAUCUCGCUUUUAUAGACUUUUCAGACCUCAAGGAUACACUUACUACACUUACCCUGAUGAAGUAAACGUUUUAUUAGUAGAUUUAUCUUAACUUCUCAAACCAGAAACGAUGUUUAUAGAUAGUUUCAUUUCUUGCGCUUGUAUCGUGUAUUUGUAUAUAUCUGUGUUUUUCAGAUUUUGAAAAGAACUAAUAUAUAGGACUAUAACUCAUUUUAUUCUUGGUUAUAUAGAUCUUUUCGUAGUUUUUUCAAGGCUUUUCUGUAAAUUUUUGUGUGGUUAAUCUGUAUCUAUUAAAAUUUUUUUUACUAGUGGUUAUUUUAAAAUAAAUUACGAGAA